AUGGAUUUCAGAGGUGCGGCUGAAAGCAGCCUUGAUGAGGCCAGCUUAAGCGACGGAUCCCCGACGAGAAAAAAGAGAAAAAGAAAUCUGUUUUUGGAUGGCCUAAGAAAGAAGGUGACCAGUGAAAUUGGUGAAGUUGACAGAGAAUACAACAGCGCGCUACCAUCAUCGGCUGCAUGUGAACGUCUGUUCAGCACUGCUGGACUAAUUUUUGUUCAAAAACGUUCGAAUUUAUCGGACAGCAAUUUUGACAAACUCCAAACUGUUUUCUUAAAACAGAAUGGAAUUUCGUCUCGAAACUGGUAA